AUGAAGUACAUCGUGGUCAGUGGAGGUGUCAUCUCCGGUAUCGGCAAGGGCGUUAUCGCCUCUUCCACCGGCCUGUUGCUCAAGACGCUCGGUCUUCGCGUUACCGCCAUCAAGGUCGAUCCUUACAUGAACAUCGAUGCCGGCACCAUGUCCCCUACCGAGCACGGUGAGGUCUACGUCCUGGAUGACGGAGGAGAGGCCGACUUGGAUCUGGGCAACUACGAGCGAUACCUUGACGUCACUCUCAGCCGCGACAACAACAUCACCACCGGCAAGAUCUACCGCGAGGUCAUUGAAAAGGAGCGAAAGGGCGACUACCUCGGCAAGACCGUCCAGAUUGUCCCUCACCUCACCAACGCCAUUCAGGACUGGAUCGAGGGUGUCGCACAGCGACCCGUAGAUGGAAGCGGCGAGUCACCCGAAGUCUGCAUCAUCGAGCUCGGAGGUACCGUCGGUGACAUCGAAUCUGCACCCUUCGUCGAGGCCAUGCGUCAGUUCCAGUUCCGCGUCGGCCACGAGAACUUUGCCCUCAUUCACGUCAGUCUUGUUCCCCUCAUCGGUGGCGAGCAAAAGACCAAGCCCACCCAGGCUGCUAUCCGCGACCUCCGUGGCCUCGGUCUCGUACCCGACAUGAUCGCCGCUCGAUGCCCAGUCCCUCUCGAGCGUGCCGUCAUCAACAAGCUCUCCAUGUUCUGCCACGUCGGCCCAGAGCAGGUCAUGGCUGUCCACGACGUGUCUUCCACCUACCACGUGCCCCUGCUGCUCGAGGAGCAAGGUAUGGUCCGUUUCUUCCAGAAGCGUCUCGGCCUCGACGUGAACGGCAGCAUCCCACGGCCCCUGAAGGAGCAGGGCCGCGAGCUUCGAACUCGAUGGCGAGAGCUCACUCUCGGCCAUGACCGUAUGAUCGACAAGGUCGAGAUUGUAUUGGUCGGCAAGUACACUUCGCUGCACGACUCCUACAUGUCCGUGGUCAAGUCGCUCGAACACGCUGCGCUCCGAUGCCACCGCAAGUUGGAGCUCAAGUGGGUCGAGUCGAGCGAUUUGGAGCCUUCCGCCGAGAGCGAUGACCCUGUCAAGUACCACCAGGCAUGGCAGGCGCUCUGCUCCGCCAAGGGUAUUCUCGUGCCCGGUGGAUUCGGCACUCGUGGUACCGAAGGCAUGAUCAGCGCAGCACGAUGGGCGCGAGAGAAGAAGGUGCCUUACCUCGGCAUCUGCCUCGGUUUCCAGAUCGCCGUCAUCGAAUACGUUCGUAACGUGCUCGGGAUCGAGACCGCCGGUUCUGCCGAGCUUGACGCCAACUGCAAGGACCCUGUUGUCAUCUACAUGCCCGAGAUCAGCAAGACUCACCUCGGCGGAACCAUGCGUCUCGGAUUGCGACCCUCCAUCUUCCAGAAGGGUACCGAGGAGUGGAGCAAGAUCCGUCAGCUUUACGGCUCUCAGCCCGUUGUGUGGGAGCGCCACCGUCACCGCUACGAGGUCAACCCCGAAUACGUCGAGCGCAUCGAAAACGCAGCGGCCAACCCAGCGGCGAAAGCAUCACCACAAAAGAUUCCCAGCGACAUUCCUGCCGCAUCGCCACCAUUCACCUCGCCACGACUCGGCUCCUCGUCUUCGUUUGCCGACGCUGCACAGCAAGCGUUCACCGGUGUCGACGAGCUCAAGUUUGUCGGAAGGGACGAGAAGGGCGAGCGAAUGCAGAUCGCCGAGCUGCGCCACCACCCGUACUUUGUGGGUAUGCAGGCGCACCCCGAGUUCUGCUCUCGACCGCUCAACCCUUCGCCACCCUUCCUCGGAUUCAUCGCUGCCUCGGCCGGAUUGUUGGAGGAGCAGCUCGCCAUGCAGAAGAACUACGUCCCACCUCACCCCAAGAGCCACAUGAUCUCCGAAUCCGAGAUGAUCAAGCGCAGAGAAGCAGGAGAGCUGGACGACAAGCCAGCGACAACGCCUCCUGGUGCGGCUACACCGACCCGAGGCUUGAGCGUCAACAAGGGUCCCAAGGCUGACUUGGCUGUUGCUGCUCGCAUCGCCGCUGCCGAAAAGGCCAACGGUGCUGCUGCGGAUCACUGA